GUUGCUCCUUCAGUUAUUGAAUUGAUAGAUCGCCAAAAACAAAACAUCCAAGAGCCAUAAGUGUAGUAGCCAUGGUUCUGAUGAAUAAUCUUCUGAUCAUACUUGUUAGUCUUUUUACCUUAGCUUCAGUAUCCACUGCGCUUCGACCACCACCACUAGUCCUGCCUGGUUGCCCAGAGAAAUGCGGAAAUGUUAGUAUUCCCUACCCAUUUGGGAUAAAAGAAGGAUGCUUCAGAAAUCCUGAUUAUAAUAUUACAUGCGAGAACGGCAUCACCAUCUUCAACUCCUAUGCCAAGAGUUCAGAUUAUUUUAACCGUCGGGUUCGUGAGAUCAUAUUACCGAAAGCCGAUCUGGUAGUGGAGGGUGAAAAUUAUGCUUUUGAAUGCUUCGAUGACAGUGGAGAGAGAAUAAACGGGGAAACCUACCGUUAUUUUCUUGGAAAAUAUACGCCGUUCACGAUCUCAGCCAAUCGCAACAAGCUAAUAGCCAUCGGAUGCGACACCAUUGCGUACUUAGAUUCAAAUUAUUUCGGAGCGAUUAAUUUUACAAGUGGAUGCAUAUCUCUGUGUGAUAGCGUGCGUAGUGUGAGAAAUGGGUCUUGCGAUGGAACUGGUUGUUGCCAGGCCUCAAUUCCUUCACGCGUCAAAGGUUUCUACCUCGAUCUUGAUAGUCAAUAUAAUCACACUAGGGAUAACAACUCCAAUCCAUGCGGCUUUGCUUUCUUGGGCGAACCAAGUGGUUUCACUUUUGAUAAAUCAGAUCUUUCGGCUCUGAGCUACAAAAGAUCAAAGAUUCCAAUGGUGUUGGAUUGGGCAAUUGGGAAUCAGACAUGUGAAGAAGCACUUCAAAAUAAAACAUCUUAUGCUUGUGGUCCUAAUAGCUAUUGCUUUAAUUCAAAAAAUGUAGCUGGCUACCUGUGCAAGUGUAACGACGGUUUUGAAGGCAACCCUUAUCUCCCCAAAAUUGGAUGCCAAGACAUUGAUGAAUGUGAGAAGGGAGGCAACAAUCAUUGCCACAUGAGUGGUAUUUGCAAUAACACCAAUGGCGGUUAUAAUUGCUUCUGUCCAAAAGGCUACAGUGGGGAUGGCUGGGUAAACGGGACUGGUUGUGCCAAAAUGCCGGAUACUCACAUAAACAUUAUUACAGGUAUCACUACUGUCCACAGCUCAUUCACAUGUCAGUAA